UUGUACUGGAAGCAAGUAUUUGCCCUUAAGCAGCUGCAGCAGCAAUUUCACUCGCAACAAUUUUUUUCUGUUCUGAGUUAUAUUUCACAAAGAUGGAGAGUUCCACUUUCUGCUUGGAUUCAACGAAUCGUACAGACCAGUUGGCAUUCAAAUGACAAUGCCUUUGGUCAAGUUGAAGAAGCUGGAAAUUUCGGUUCCAGUGGCAUAUGGUUGGAUAUAAAAGUGGAUGAAAAAGUUCUUGAAAGAAUUUGCUUGGUGAACAAUAUGGCUGGCGCUUGGUGGGCUGUGCAUGAAGCCGCUAGAUAUUGUAUUUCUGCACGCCUUCGGACUAAUCUUGGUGGGCCUGCCCAAACUUUUGCAGCCUUAGAGCGAAUGCUCUUGGACAUUGCACACUUACUACAGCUUGAUAGUGAGCAAACUGAUGGAAGCUUGAAUAUAAUAGGUUCUUCUGGUGCACACUUGUUACCAAUGAGGUUGCUUUUGGAUUUUGUAGAGGCUCUGAAGAAAAAUGUAUACAAUGCAUACGAGGGAUCUGCGGUUUUACCAUCUGCUCCUCGACAGAGCUCCUUGUUCUUUCGGGCAAACAAGAAAGUAUGUGAAGAGUGGUUUUCUCGUAUAUGCGAGCCAAUGAUGAAUGCUGGUUUAGUACUGCAAUGUCAUGAUGCUACAAUUCAGUACUGUACUUUACGAUUACAGGAACUUAGAAAUCUUGUGGCCUCAUCUUUGAAGGACAAGUCUAGGGCACAGGUAACAGAGAACAUCCAGAAUAUCAGAGGUAGAUUUUCUGGAGAUAUCUUGAGGAUUUUACGUCACAUGUCAUUAGCAUUGUGUAGGAAUCAUCAGUCUGAAGCUUUGAUGGGUCUACAAAAGUGGGUUUCAAUGACUUUCUCUUCCCUGUUUAUGGAUGAAAUCUCCCUGAAGAAUAGUAGUGGGCUUUCAGGACCAUUUUCAUGGAUAACUGGGAUGGUAUAUCAGGCAGAAGGCCAUUAUGAGAAGGCUGCCGCUUAUUUUGCUCACUUGUUACAGAAUGAGGAUUCACUCAGUUCUAUGGGUUCUGAUGGUGUGCAGUUUGCCAUUGCACGAAUCAUUGAGAGCUAUACAGCUUUAUGUGACUGGAAGUCUCUAGAAGUAUGGCUAUCUGAGUUGCAAAUGCUCCGUGCUAGGCAUGCAGGAAAAAGUUAUUCUGGUGCUUUAACAACAGCUGGUAAUGAAAUAAAUGCAAUUCAGGCUUUGGCAUGUUUUGAUGAGGGUGAUUUUCAAGCGGCAUGGGCAUGUCUGGAUUUGACACCAAAAACUAGCGGUGAACUUACACUUGACCCCAAAUUGGCUUUACAAAGGAGUGAGCAGAUGCUUUUACAGGCAUUGCUUUUACAUAAUGAGGGAAAAACUGAAAAAGUACCACAUGAUUUACAGAAGGCAAAGUCAAUGCUGGAUGAAAUGUUGUCUGUUAUAUCACUUGAUGGGUUAACUGAGGCAACACCCUAUGCGACCCAGUUGCACUGCAUCUUUGCAUUUGAAGAAGGACUUGGGCUUAGAGGCAAUGAAGCCAAAUCAGAACUAGGUCAAACAAUUUUAAGUUCAUGUAUUCAGUCAUCGCAGACUCCAAUUAAUAGAGUCCAUCAAGAUUGUAGCCCAUGGUUGAAAGUUCUUCGUGUUUAUCAAACCAUUUCUCCAAAGUCUCCAGUCACUUUAAAGCUCUGUAUGGAUGUGUUGAGAUUGACCCGUAAACAAGGAAAUAUUUUCUUAGCCAAACGCCUAAAAAACUAUCUCAAAGAUCAUGUGAUGAGUUUCUCUGAGGAGAAAUGCCAUUAUUUUCUUAUCUCAAACUUGCAAUACGAGGACAUCUUGUUGAUGCACGCUGAGAACAAGUAUGAAGAUGCUUUUUCAAGUCUUUGGUCAUUUAUAAAUCCUUCCAUGGUUUCUUCAGCAUCAAUAGCUUUGGAUGCUUCUGAU